AGGAGUGGAGAUAUCUGCGCGAGGAGGAGGAGCUGUCAAAGUUUGAGUUUCCCCGAGAAGGGAGAGAAAAUAUUUGUACUUUUCAAGAAGACAACUGAAGAGCUCCAGUUUUGUUCGUAAAAAGCGGAAUAUCUCAUCCUGUUGGUAUGAAAUGACACUUUUUGACCAGCGACUUUAAAAAAACAGAACCCAAAAAGAAGCCAACACGAUGGCGCCCCGUUUAGUGCCGUGGCUGUGGCUCACCUCUGUGCUGUGUGUCUGCUGCUGUGUCCUGGCGGAAAAGAAAGUAUGUCAAGGCAUCACCAACCGGCUAAACCUUCUGGGCUCUAAAGAGGACCACUACCAAAACAUGGUAAAGACCUACAGCAACUGCACUGUGGUCCUGGAGAAUCUGGAGAUCACCUACAUGGAGGAGAACCAUGACCUCUCCUUCCUUAAGUCUAUUGAAGAGGUGGGAGGCUAUGUACUCAUUGCCCUCAACUCAGUGUCCAGGAUCCCUCUGGAAAACCUGCGCAUCAUUCGAGGUCAUUCCCUGUAUGAUGGAGGGUUUGCUCUUGCUGUUCUCGCCAAUUAUGACAAAGCUAAAGCUAGUGGAACCACUGAGCUUCUUCUGACGGGCCUGACAGAGAUUCUUAAAGGAGGUGUAAAGAUUCAGAACAACCAGCUGUGUAACGUGGAGACGAUACAGUGGUCUGAUAUUGUCAAUGGUGACCCCCAACCCAACAUGGAGCUCCCGCUGGCCAGCAACAACCCACUUUGCAAAAAAUGUGACUCGACCUGUUUGAAUGGUUCGUGCUGGGCACCUGGUCCUGAAAACUGUCAGACUUUAACAAAGCUGAACUGUGCACAGCAGUGCUCUAAGAGGUGCAGGGGACCUUCACCCAGCGACUGCUGUAAUGAGCAUUGUGCUGCUGGAUGCACAGGACCAAGGCCUACCGACUGCCUGGCUUGUCGGGACUUCCAGGAUGACGGGGUUUGUAAAGACUCCUGCCCAGGCCUCAUGCGCUAUGACCCCAACCUGCACCAGCUCGUCCCUAACCCACACGGGAAGUACAACUUUGGGGCCACAUGUGUUAAAACCUGCCCACGUAACUAUGUUGUAACUGAUCAUGGAGCAUGUGUGCGGACGUGCAGUGGUAACACAUACGAGGUGGACGAGGGGGGAAUCAGGAAGUGCGCCAAGUGUGACGGCCUGUGCCCGAAAGUAUGUAAUGGCCUUGGAAUGGGAGAUCUGGUUCACACCUUGUCUAUCAAUGCCACCAACAUUGAUUCUUUUAAAAACUGCACCAAAAUCAACGGUAACAUUGCUAUCAUCCACACAUCAAUUUACGGGGAUAAAUAUACCAACACACCAGCGAUGGACCCUUCCCAGCUCGACGUGUUUAAGACUGUGAAAGAAAUUACCGGAUACUUGUGGAUUCAAACCUGGCCGGUAAAUAUGAGCUCACUCAGUCCUUUUGAGAAUCUGGAGAUCAUUCGAGGACGAACUAAGCGUGGUAUCCGUAGUGUGGCUAUUGCUCAGCUGGAUAUCAGCUAUCUGGGCCUUCGCUCCCUCAAAGAAAUUAGCGAUGGCGACGUGAUCGUUAUAAAAAACCAAAACCUCUGCUACACCAACAAAAGCCACUGGAUGGGACUCUUCAAAUCUGAGAGCCAAAGUGUCAUCAUAGAGGAAAACUCUGACCCUACAACAUGUGCCCAGAAGAACAACACUUGUGAUAGGAAGUGUACCGCAGACGGCUGCUGGGGCCCCGGCCCGAAUAUGUGUUUAGCCUGCCGUGACUAUAACCGUGGUGGGAGCUGUGCAGACUCCUGCAACAUCCUGGAGGGAGAGCCGCGGGAGGUAGUCGUGCAGAAAACCUGCGUAGAGUGCCACCCCGAGUGCCAACCCAUGAACGGGACCGCUACCUGCAGCGCACCUGGACCUGAAAACUGUACUAAGUGUGCCAACUUCAAAGAUGGACUGUUCUGUGUGUCUCGCUGUCCUCAAGGCGUGCCAGGGGAGGAUGACACUCUAGUGUGGAAAUACGCAGACGAAAUGAAAGUGUGCCAGCUGUGCCACAAAAACUGCACUCAGGGGUGCAGUGGACAUGGUCUUCAAGGCUGCCAGGGUAAAAGCCUCUCUGGUCUGUCCAUGAUUGCAGCGGGUGUUGUUAGCGGUCUGCUGGCUGUCCUUAUUGCAGGUCUGUCUGUCUUUGUGUUGCUACGCCGACGCCACAUCAAGAGGAAGAGGACCAUGCGAAGGCUCUUACAAGAGAGAGAGUUGGUUGAACCUCUGACUCCAAGUGGAGAGGCACCAAACCAGGCUCUGCUCCGAAUCCUAAAGGAACCUGAAUUCAAGAAAAUUAAAGUCCUUGGAUCAGGGGCAUUUGGUACAGUUUACAAGGGCCUGUGGGUUCCAGAGGGAGAGGAUGUGAAGAUCCCAGUAGCCAUCAAGGUUUUGAGGGAGGCCACAUCACCAAAGGCAAACAAAGAGAUCUUAGACGAGGCGUAUGUGAUGGCUAGUGUGGAGCACCCCCAUGUUUGUCGUCUGCUGGGCAUCUGUCUGACCUCCACGGUUCAGCUUGUCACCCAGCUGAUGCCCUACGGCUGCUUACUGGACUAUGUCAAAGAGAACAAGGACAACAUUGGCUCCCAGUAUCUGCUCAACUGGUGUGUGCAGAUAGCCAAGGGGAUGAACUACCUGGAGGAGCGCCACUUGGUGCACCGUGACUUGGCAGCCAGGAACGUCCUUGUGAAGACUCCUCAGCAUGUCAAGAUCACUGACUUCGGUCUGGCCAAACUCCUCAAUGCAGACGAGAAGGAGUACCAUGCAGAUGGUGGAAAGGUACCAAUAAAAUGGAUGGCUCUGGAAUCUAUACUGAACAGGACGUACACACACCAGAGUGACGUUUGGAGCUAUGGUGUAACAGUUUGGGAGUUGAUGACAUUUGGGACCAAACCGUACGAUGGUAUUCCAGCCAGUGAAAUAGCCGGAGUCCUGGAGAAAGGGGAGCGUUUGCCUCAACCACCAAUCUGUACCAUAGAUGUUUACAUGAUCAUGGUGAAAUGUUGGAUGAUUGAUGCAGAUAGCCGACCCCGUUUCCGGGAACUAAUAGCAGAGUUCACAAAGAUGGCACGGGAUCCAUCACGUUAUCUUGUUAUCCAGGGUGAUGAACGUAUGCAUCUGCCGAGUCCUACAGACACUAAAUUUUACCGCAGCCUGAUCAGUGGGGAAGACAUGGAGGAUGCUGUGGAUGCAGAUGAAUACCUGGUGCCACAACAUGGCUUUUUCAGCAGUCCGAGCACCUCCCACACCCCCCUGCUUCACUCCGCAAGUCUCAACAGUAGCAUCGGAACCUGCCACAGUAGAAAUGGCUUAUUGAAUGGGUUCCCGAACAGAGAUGGGAGCAUGGUCCUUCGAUAUAUUCCUGACCCCACAGAUACAUUUUUAGAUCACGCCUUCCAACCGGCUCCAGACUACAUGAACCAGAAUGGAGUGUCAGAUGUGAUGAAUCCCAUCUAUCAGCACCCGGGACCCCCUCGCAGCAUACUCCCCACCAUCGCCUCAGACGAAACGGAGACAGAGUACCUGAACUGCUUUAAGAAUGACUCCUCGGGACCAGAGUACCUCAACGAGGUCCAACCCGCCACUGUUCUCCCCCUCAUCUCUAACGGCGUCCACAGCGUCCAGAAAUACCAGCCUCAGAACAGCAUAGACAACCCGGAUUACCAACAAGAUUUCACUCCCACAUUCAAAACACAUGCUAACGGACACAUUCCAGCAGCGGAGAACGCAGAGUACCUGGGUCCAGACUGACGAAGUGGUGGAAAUAUGAACUUAAGAGACUGUUUUUUUUUGUUUCCUUUUCCAAUACGAAAGGGCAUUGAUGUCUUGGCUGGGACGGCGUAGCUUCAGUGGUACCAUCACUUAUCAUAUGUUAAGAAGUCAUGUGACACUUAUCCAGCUGACUGUGGUGUUUGCAUGCUGUCAAACUUGUCACGCAGCCCCCCCCACCCCACACAUUCCAAAGAGUUUUUGUCUUAAAUCCAAAAUACAAAUGACUUUUUCUUGAUGAAAAGCUGGACAAAAGCUGACUUGUACAUAGUUGUAAAAGUCAGCCUGAGAGUUGUUGGACCAGAACGUGCAUAACAUCUAAAUGUUGUCUUCAAAAGUGAAAAAUGUCUCUUUUGUUCACACACAACACUGAUCCAAAUGUGUCGGUGGAGUAAUUCUAUAAAAAAAAAGUGCAUAAACGCCUUCAUUUGUUUGGAGGUACAAAGCAGCAGAAACUGGCAACUCGAGCCAAAACACAAAUCAAGGUACUUGUGUUGCAAAUAUCACAAGCGAGAUACGAUCAGUAAACAGUACUGGUAAGUGGGACUGGAAAGAGUUGACAACGUUAACGCUCACAGAGUGGUGCGCUCAUGUGAUGCUGAUGCGAGGACUUGGUUGACUCCGAGGCGCAGGCAAGAAGAUGGAAGAAAGCUCUUAAGAUGAAAAUGCUGGCAUGACGACGCUCUUCUACAUGGAUGAGUCACUGAAGUUGCAAUAUAUAGAAUGUAUAGUCUGAUAUUAAGGGGAAUACUGGUGAAUUUCAGCUUUAAGAUGAUGUAAACUUUAUGCUCUAGGGCAGUCUGUAUGUAUUACAAACUCGUUGCUGUCUCUGGUUACGAUGAAACCAGAGAGUAGAGUGUCCCACGUCCCCUUACGUGUGAUAUCACAGAAACUAUGUAGAGAAUGUAAUGGUAAAUAUAGCAAAUGUGACUGCGGUUGUUUUCACACUGCUGUGUUUUGUAGUUCAAAAUGUGCAGCAAUCCUGUAGCAUGAAGCUUUUUUGUGUCAAUUGAACACAAGAAUGGCUUAUCUCUGAGCUUUAUUAUCAGUUUAGCACGUUAGUCUACAAAACCACAAAGCUCUGACCUUUUCACUGAUGAAUUCCCACAGUUUGGUCCCUUUUGUAAGAGUUUCAACCGAGCAGCUCAUUAACUCAACAGGCAAAAAAACCUUUACCAAAAGGAAAGAAAGAUCGGAAACUGUUUAUAACCAGCACUUCCUGUUGCAUUCCGCUAGAGUGAAUAUUUGCUGGUUGAAUAUUUAAGCCCAUGUGAUUGACUGAAAUAUUUCUCCGUUCUGAUGUUUUGGGGACGUUCUGAAUGACUGUCACAUCAGACACUAAAGAUGUUUUUGAUGGUUGUCGUCGAAUAGAAUUAUAUUGGGAGACUUUUUUUUUUUUUAACAAAUGUGUAAAUUGUUUCUCACAAGAUGUUGAUGCCACGUCUAUGAAUCUGCUUGCAGCUUUAAAGUCUUGUAGUCCUGCAAGAGUUUUAACUUUUCAAAUACAGUAUUAUUCCUAGUUUUAAAGGAAUAUGGUAUUGUAGCAAGCUAUAAGCCAAUUUUUGCAGAUUUUACACAGGUACAUGUACAGAAAGCAGUGAUUAUGCUGUAAUAUAACCCAAAAUAGUCACCUAUAAUUUAUACUAUCAAUACAGAUUUCACCACAUCAUCAUCAUCAUAUGUGAAUGUACUUAUUCCAAAAUUGUAAUGAUUCCAUUCAAAUGUAAACAUGAAUAAAUCUUUUCUACGGAA